UAGUCCCCUUGGGCCGCGGGGGGGCCAUCGGGGGCGGGGGGGCAGAGACACCCGAAGUUACAAAUAGCCGCGAUAUAAAAACACCAGCCCCGGCUGCAGCUUCGCUUCCUGCACAGCGCGCACCGCGGAACCGCAGCCGCUGCAGCUGCUGCUGCACCCUGACUUCCUCCCCCAGCCCGGCCCAGCCCGCGCCUGCUGCAGUCGCCGAGGGACGCGCCGAGCCGAGCCGAGCCGAGCCGGGCCAGGGCUGCCCGGGCCGAUGGGACGCCGCAGGUUCGCCCCUCGGAGCCGCGUGGAGAUGGAGCCCCGCGGGGGAGCCGCCGCGCCCGGCGCCCGGUGCUGAUUGCGGGGGGACGCUGGGCGUGCGGAGAGCUCCUGGGACAGCCCCCCCUUGGGUGCAGGCGGGGGGCUCUGAGCUGGCCCCGCUGCCGCCCGGCCCCUCGCACUUGGGGAGGAAAGUUUCCUCCUUUCGGACCCUUCCUCCUCUCCGAUCUGGAUCUGGGAGCCUGGAAGCAGCUUUCCGGGCUGGGCAGGAGCUGCAGGAUGGGCAACGCGGCCGGCAGCAUGGACCAGGCUCCGGCGAAGGAGACGAAGACUCAGGCACCAGCCACAGCUCUGCCCGCCAAGCAGCCCGCGCCCCCGAAGCAGCCCAUGCCCAGCGCUGGGGAGCUGGAGGAACGAUUCACCCAUGUGCUGGAUUCCAUGAACUUGCCGCCCGACAAGAUGAAGCUGCUUAGCCAGUACGACAGCGAGAAGAAGUGGGAGCUGAUCUGUGACCAGGAACGGUUCCAGGUCAAGAACCCCCCCUCUGCCUACAUCCAGAAACUGAAGAGCUACGUGGAUACGGGCGGAGUCAGCAGAAAGGUGACCUCCGAUUGGCUGAUUGCCAUGGCGUUUAAGAGGCGAGUGCAGGAGUCCACACAGGUGCUCCGAGAGCUGGAGAUCUCGCUGAGGACCAACUAUAUCCGCUGGGUGCAGGAGUUCCUGAACGAGGAAAACAAGGGGCUGGACGUUCUGCUGGAAUACCUCGCCUUCGCCCAGUGCGCCCUCACGUACAAUAUGGAGAGCGCAGAUAACGGGAGCCCGGGCUCUGACAAGGGCAAGUCCCCGGACAGAUCCAUGGAGGACCUCAGCAAGAGCAACUCCUCGUCCCCCACACAGGGCUCCUCCAAAGCGAGGAACCUGACUAUCAGACUCAACCCGGUGCACAGCAGGAAGGCGCUGCGGAACUCGCGCAUCAUCAGCCAGAAGGACGACGUCCACCUCUGCAUCAUGUGCCUGCGCGCCAUCAUGAACUACCAGUCUGGAUUCAGCCUGGUCAUGAACCAUCCAGCCUGUGUCAACGAGAUCACCUUGAGCCUGAACAACAAGAACCCAAGGACCAAAGCCCUCGUCCUGGAGCUGCUGGCCGCCGUGUGCCUGGUCCGAGGAGGGCACGAUAUCAUCCUCGCUGCCUUCGACAACUUCAAAGAGGUCUGCGGAGAGAAGAAUCGCUUUGAGAAGCUGAUGGAGUAUUUCCGAAAUGAGGACAGUAACAUUGACUUCAUGGUGGCCUGCAUGCAGUUUAUCAACAUCGUGGUGCACUCGGUGGAGAACAUGAACUUCCGCGUCUUCCUGCAAUACGAGUUCACUCACCUGGGGCUGGAUGAGUAUCUGGAGAGGCUGCGUUACACGGAGAGUGACAAGCUGCAGGUGCAGAUCCAGGCGUACCUGGAUAACAUCUUCGACGUGGGCGCCCUGCUGGAGGACACAGAGACCAAGAAUGCUGUGCUGGAGCACAUGGAGGACCUCCAGGAGCAAGUGGGGCAGCUCACAGAGAAGCUCCAGGAUGCGGAGAACGAGUCAAUGGCCAAGAUCGCGGAGCUGGAGAAACAGCUGAGCCAGACGCGCCGUGAAGUAGAGACACUCCGGGAGCGGCUCAGCGAAUCCAGCAGCCAAGCCAGCUCCCCCCCGCAGCAGCAGCAGCAGCAGAGGCUGGCGGAUGCCCGGCCCUCGGCCUUGGAGCAGAAGCUGGAGGAGCUGGAGGAGAAAGGGUUAGUCCGGAUCCUGCGUGGGCCAGAGGGAGCCGUUGCCAUCGAGAUUGUCCCUGUUGUCAUGGAAACCACAGCAGUCCCCACGGUUACUGUAGAAGCCUCCGCCUCUACCAGCCCAGAUUUCACAUCUCCUUCCAUUUGCUCCCCACUGCCGCCCCCUGCUGCUGCCCAGACGAUUCCUCCGCCUCCCCCACUGCCCCACACCGAAGACACUGACUCUGCCAACCUGCCUUCUCAGCAGCAAGCCCAACCUUCUGCACCCCCUCCAGCUCCACCCCUUCCUGGGAGCGACACCCCUCCGCCUGCCCCGCCCCUUCCCGGGGUCGAAAUCCCACCACCUCCUCCCCUCUCGGUGGAGGGUGGCCCAGCCCCUCCUCCCCCUCCACCCCCGCCUCUGGGAAUGCCAGCUGGAGAGGUCAGCGGCCCAACCCCAGCAGCCAGUUCAGCUGUCAAGAUCAAGAAGCCGAUUCAAACCAAGUUCAGGAUGCCCAUCUUCAACUGGGUGGCUCUGAAACCCACCCAGAUCAACGGGACCAUCUUCAACGAGCUCAACGACGAGAAGGUCCUGCAGGAACUGGACAUGAACGACUUCGAGGAGCAGUUCAAGACGAAGGCUCAGGGGCCCAGCUUAGACAUCAGCACCCUGAAGGUGAAGGCUGCUCAGAAGGCCCCUAGCAAGGUGACGCUGAUCGAGUCCAACCGAGCCAAGAACCUGGCCAUCACGCUCCGCAAGGGCGGCCUCAGCAUCGACAGCAUCUGCAAGGCCAUCCAGACGUACGACUUGCAGAGCCUGAGCCUGGAUUUCCUGGAGCUGCUGCAGCGCUUCCUGCCCACCGAAUACGAGCUAACGCUGAUCCGCAAGUACGAGAAGGAGCAGCGGCCGCUGGAGGAGCUGUCGGACGAGGACGUCUUCAUGAUCAAAUUCAGCCGAAUCCCUCGCCUCGCCGAGCGCAUGAACAUCAUGACGUUCCUGGGCAACUUCAGCGACACCGCCCAGCUCCUGAUGCCGCAACUCAACGCCAUCAUCGCCGCCUCCAUGUCCCUCAAGUCCUCGACCAAGCUCCGCAACAUCCUGGAGAUCGUCCUGGCCUUCGGGAACUACAUGAACAGCAGCAAGCGUGGAGCGGCCUACGGCUUCCGGCUGCAGAGCCUCGAUGCGCUGCUGGAGAUGAAGUCAACGAACCGGAAGCAGACGCUGCUGCACUACAUCGUGCGGGUGAUCAUGGAGAAGUACCCGGAGCUGACGGGCUUCCACACCGAGCUGCACUUCCUGGACAAGGCGGGCUCAGUGUCCCUGGACAGCGUGUUGCAGGACAUGAGGGCCCUGCAGCGGGGCAUGGAGCUGACCCGCAAGGAGUUCAUGCGGCAGGACGACAGCCAGGUGCUCAAGGACUUCCUCAAGGCCAACACGGAGGUGAUGGAGAAGCUGCAGACUGACAGCAAGACCGCCCAGGAGGCCUAUGAGUCAGCUGUGGAGUACUUCGGCGAGAACCCCAAGACCAGCCCCCCCACCAUGUUCUUCCCCAUCUUUGUGCGCUUCGUCAAGGCCUAUAAGAAAGUGGAGCACGACAUCGAGCUGUGGAGGAAAGAGGAAGCAGCUGCCAAAGAAGUGGAGUCCAAUUCCCCCAGCAAGCCGGAGCCAAAGUCUCCUGUCCCCAAGGCCAAGCGCCAGCAGAUGGACAUGAUCGCUGAGCUGAAGAAGAAGCAGCUGGUGAAGGAGCCCCUCAUUUACGAGGGAGGAGAUGGCGCCAUUGAGGAUAUUAUUUCAGGUCUGCGGAACCAGCCGUACAGGCGCGGUGACACCGGCCGGACCAGCGCCAAGAAACGACCCGCUGGCCAGACCCUCCAGGUGACCUCUGACAUCUCGCUGUGACCAGCCCGCCUACAGCGAGGCCCUGCCUAGAGGAGGCCAGCCAGCAGUGCCGCUCUGCCCCGCCAGGGGAGACGGGGUGGAUGUGACCCACGGGGACUGGGCCACCAUGGCCACUGGCCUGAACCAAGGACUCUCACACCAAUGGGAGAAUCCCUGCUCGCAGCUUCAAGCCGCUUAACUGCUCCGAGUGCCAGCUGGAGCCAUGCACACCCUUCCCCCCCAAAUCAGCCCUGCACCCUGAACGUCUGGCACAGGGCUCUCCCCCCGGCCAGGCAGCCGCCAAGUCACUGGCUGGGGUGGGAGGGGGAUGUUGUGCGUGUGGCAGCUGUGCGUUGUGGUCUGUUCUAGCCCUGCCUUCCUGGGGCCUGGCAGCCACUGUCUGGCUUGGGGGGUACAGCCCAUGGGCUGCAUCUUGUCCUGUGACCUCCCCUCCCCUGGCCUGACUGGCCGCCUCCUGCUGCGGGGGAGCUGACCCCGACCCCAACCCCAACCCCAGCCCCCGACUAGGCCUUGACACUGCUUUGCUCCCUGCCCCCCUGCCCUGUUCUGUGCUGUAGUGAGGACAGAGCGCCCAGGGGGACCUACAGGGCAGGAGAGCACAGACCCUCUUGGCUGGCAGGUGGGAGGAGGUUGACCAGCCGUCCUGCUCCGCGGGGCUUUGUCUUACAUAUGCACCUCUGUCCCGAAGAGUCUCACGUGCUCGCUGGUCACCUGCCGGGGGAAGGGUAUUGUAGGAUGGCUUGUAAAUGUCUUCCUUGGCUUUCUCUUUAUGCUGCGCUGUGGGGAGGAGGGAGAGGGGGAGGGAACGCCCCUGUUCUGCCCUGGGCUCAGGAUGGAUCAUGGGAGCAGCCCCUCUCUCAUCCCCAGGAACCAGGGAGGCUCAAUCAACAGGGGCAGAGCAGCCCUAUUCCUCAUGUCACCACAAGGUGUCGCCCUUUCCCCAUAACAGCUGGUGCCGCAGCUCAGACCUUGUGCCCGCAAUGUCCGGGGCCGGGCCGGAGCCCCUUGUACGGCUAAGCCCUGCCCAGGCAAUGAGUGACAAUCCGACCAACUGGCCUGGGCACGUCUAGCCAAGCCCUAAGUGCACACAGCUGGCCGCACGGGUGCCCCUAUUGCCAGCUGUGCCAGCCUGGCUGCAGCGCAGGCACGUGGCCCUGGCCAGCUGCAGCAACCCCGGGCGCAGCGUGUAACCCGCAGCCAGCUCCAGCGAGGCCUGGGUGCUGCAGCUCCCCCGCCCCCCCCCCGCGGCUCAUGCCUCAGCCCCAGUCGCUGUUGGCCUGGCGCAGGCCCCUGCUUGCUGGAGGAGAGGCGCCUGCUGGCACAGCAGAGCUCUUCGUCCCAAGGGGCGUUUACCACUGUGCUAGCCCCCUUCCCGCGCCCUGGCUCAGGGCUCACAGCUGCCGUGGCUCGUGCCCGGCCAGAGCUGGGGGCGCUUCCUGCUGUAAUUAAGAGGCAAAAUGCCAACUGCUUGGUAUCACUCCCAGCCGCUCAUCACAACGCGGGGGGGAGGGGGGAAAUGAAUGUGUAACUUAUACUAUGCCUUGAAGAACCAGGACCUGCUCCUUUGUAGACAUUAUUUUUAUAUCCUGGCUGGGAGGCCUGGUUUAAUCCAGCGCCGAACUGCUAAUAAACCCACUACGGCGCCAGUGCCUGGCUGCUCCCGUGCGGCCUCCUCGGCCAGCGUGUGAAACGGC